CCCGUCCUUCCCGUCCUUCCCGUCCUUCCCGUCCUUCCCGUCCUUCCCCUGAACACGCUGCUAUCUCUCGUCCGUUCGUUCCCUCGAGAGCGCACCUUCCUCUUGACUCUCCAUCCUCCUCAUAUCGACGUCUCCGCCAGUACUACUUCCCGGAAUGACGGAAUGCUAGUAGAUUCUGGGAAAGCACCGCUCGCCAUCGCUACGAUCCGCCAUCCCUUCGCGCGGCUUCCACAAUCGCAACCUCCCCGCCGCUUCUCCCGCUCCCAGCGCAUCGCAUGCUUCCCGUCCCUCCCUUUUCUCCAUUUCGUGUAUCCAUAGUCUUCCCGAACUCCAAGGUAGACUCAGACUCCGACUCAGACUCCGACUCAGACUCCGACUCUGACUCCGACUCAGACUCCGACUCUGACUCUGACUCAAGUGCUCCUGUCGUGCAGCAGCAACCACCAUUCACCUGUCGCUCAUUCAGCCUUCGAGAAGGCGUUGCCGGAGUGUCACUGAGGCACAGACACACUAGCUCGUUAUUACCGCCGCGGAGAGUGUCGACGCGUGGGACGCGGCACCGCUUUCACUGCUACUCCAUAGUAGUACCCCUCCCUGUAUCGGCUUCGGCCCUCAUUAUUUGCGCAAAAGUGCACGUACUCUCGCUGAGUGUAAUGAGUCGAUUUUUGGUAUGAGUCGACUAAAAAAUCGACUCAUUACACACGCAAAAGCGCACGUACUCUCGCUGAACCUUCAGGUUUAAAGAGUUCCCCCAAGUGGCAUCUAGGCCCAACUAAGGCCCAGAGCCUCGCGGGUGACGUUGGUCAGUGCAUCUUGCUACUUUCGUGCUUCGAUUGAUAGCCCUCAUUCCUCCGUCGCCCUCAAGCCACCUGCUACCACUACCCAGCCAGGCACUGUUGCCGAAACCAGAGAUUCGAGAACCAGUGUCCCAGAAAUCGGAGUCCCGGAAACCGUUGUCACGCGUCGUCACGCGCUCCACUAGAAACUCCCCAGAGCAUCGUGAGCCAUGGCGGAUGCAGGCGCGGGAGGCGGCGGCGGCGGCGGCGGGGUGAAGCCGCCGGGUGAAGUUAAAGUGCUCGUGGCGGAAGACAAUCCCGUGAACGUGAUGGUUCUCAUGUCGAUGCUCAAGCGCCUCGCCUUAAAGCCCAUAGUCGCCAAGAACGGCGUCGAGGCCGUCGAGGCCGUCGAGAAGACCAAAUUCGAUAUUAUCCUCUCCGAUAUAUGCAUGCCGCUCAUGGACGGCCUCACUGCCACGUGUCUCAUCCGCGAGUACGAGCGCACCGGCGUCUUUCCGCGCGAAGCCAUCGCUAAGGCGCGCGCGUCCGGCGCGCCCGCGGGGAACGAGAAGGACGGCGCAGCCGCCUGGAAGCCCGGGGAAGGCGCGGAAGCGGAAGCGGGGGGAGGCGGAGGUGAAAACGGGGAAUUCCGCCCGCGCACGCCCAUCAUCGCGGUGACCGCAAACGCGCUUGCGGCGGACCAGGAGCGGUGCGCGGCGGCGGGAAUGGACGCGUUUUUAGCCAAGCCUGUUAAUUUCCCGAAGCUAAAAGAGCAGCUGGUGAAGUACGGCGUGCUCGCGCCGGAAGGCGCGGCGGGCGGAGCGGCGGCAGCUGCGCCAGCGGCGGCUCCCGCCCCAGCCGCGCAAAGGGCCGGCGGGCGGAAGCCUGUUAUAGAGGAUUCGGAUGAGGAAGAGGAGGAGGACGAGGAGGGGGAGGAGGAGGAGGAGGAGGAGGAGGAGGGGGAAGAAGAGGAGGAAAGGGAAGAAGGGCCAGGGACGGGGAAGGGAAAACGAGAGGAGGAAAAAGAGGAAGAGGAGGGGAGUGAAGGUGAAGAAGGGGAGGAGAGCGAGGAGGAAGAGGAGCGGGGUAGGGGCGGAAGUAAUCCGAUUGGUGUUGGGUCAGCCGCUAGUGCAGCAAGAACCACGCCAGGUGGAAAAGAGACAUCAGCAGCAGCAGCAGCAGCAGCGUCGCCACCCAAGGCUCCCGCAAAAGCGGCAGGCGGUGCAGCGAACGCCAGGCUGGCGCAGGCCGCACGGGACGAGAGCGAUACCGAAGGAGAUGACGAGGAAGAGGCGGAGGAAGGGGAGGAAGGGGAUAAGGAGUCCAAGGAUAGAAGCAGGUCCCCUGCUGCCCCGGCAGCAGCAGCAGCAGGAGGAGGAAAGGACGCAGGAGCAGCAGGAGUGAGUGGCGCGAGGGAGGCUGUAGCAGCAGGUGUUGCUGGUGGCAAGAAGCAGGAGGAGGAGCAGAGGAAGCGGAGGGAUCGGCAGAAGAGCAUGGAGGAAGGGCUGCUGGGUGCCCAGGCCGCUCUGGCUGCUGUGAGGGAGACGAAAGAGAGAGAGAUGGAGGAGGAACGAGCGAGGGAGAGACGGAGAGUGGAGGAGAGGGAGCGGGAGAAGAGGGAGAAGGAAAGAGAGGAGGAGAGGAAGGAGAGGGAGCGAGAGAGGGAGGAAAAGAAGGAGAGGGAAAGGGACGGCAGCAGUAGCAGGAGGAGGAGCGGUAGCACUAGCAGGCACAGGGAAGGGCGGGCCGGGGAAGGCAGCAGCAGCAGCAGCAGGGGCGAGGGCAGGGGCGAGGGCAGAGGAGGGGAAGGCAGAGGAGACGAUUUGAACAGGAGCAGCGGCGGCAGCAGCGGCGGAAUGACUCACGCGGAGCGGAGGGAGCGCAGGCGCGAGAGGAAAGCUGCCGAAGCCACUGCUGCUGCUGCCGCCGCCGCUGCAGCCGUAGCGGCCAUGCCAGGUUUCUCUGCCUCUUCCUCCUCCCACCACCAUCACCACCAGCAUCAGCAGCGGCACCACCGCCAGCAGCAGCAGGAGUCGAGGAGUUCUCCCUUAACCAAGGGCGUCCUGAAAGGUAAUAGUCUUAUUAGCGGGGAGGAGCCGAGCCAGGCCCAGGUACCAUAUGUGCAGCAGUGGGUGGAGCAGGUAGGUGCGCUGGGGCCCUUGGCUCAGUACGGCCUCACAGGCAUAGUUGACGCUGCUGCGGCGGGGGGAGCGGAGGGGGAGGCAAGGGGUGGGGACGGGAUGGGGGGAGGAAUCCGGGGAGGGUUGGGGGAACGGGAAGGCGGAGGGGGAGGGGGAGGGGGAGGCCUAGGAGGGCGCGUAUCCCCCUUGGGGCGCAGAGCGGAAGGGGGUGGUGGCGUCGGGAUGGGGGCAGUGGUGGGGGCUGGGGGGGAGUUGGUGUGGAGAGAGGGAGGGGGUGACGUAGGGCUGGCGGCGGUUGGGAGUCCAGCACUCGGAGUUAAGGAGAAGCGCUUAUCUCGGCGGCACCGGAGGCUCUCUGGGGAAUUUUCUUUGGAGGGAGUGGGGGAGAGAGUGAGGGAGAGGGAGAGGGUGCAUCACUCUGGGCCGCUUCCUUCUGCGUCGACGUCGCUGACUGCUCAGCUGCAGGCGCUGCAGGCGCAGCAGGAGCAGCUGCAGCUGCAGCUGCAGCAGCUGGAGCAGCAGCAGCAGCAGCGCGAACGGCAGCACCAGCAGCGGCAGCAGCUGCUGCAGCAGACGCUUGAGCAGCACCAGCAGCACUCGCCACCACCACCUCUCUUACAGCAGAAGCAGCAGCAGCAAAUGAACGCGUUCUCCUCUCCUUCAUUCCCAUCAGCAGUGACCAAAGAAGGUCAGUUCCCGGAUUCUCUUAUGUAUCCUGGUACUCUAGGAGCCUCAGCAGCAGAAGCAGCAGCAGCUAUGGCAGCAGCAGCAGCCGCAGCGGUAGGUAGCAAGGACUCGUCUGAGGAGGAGGACGCAGUAGCCCACCGGUAUCCUCCCCUCAUCUCGCUCUCCUCCUCCUCAUCCUCCCUCUCCUCCCUGGAGCAAAGCUGCAAGAGCGGCACGAGCAGCAGCAGCAGCAGCCGCAGGCGCCGUAGCUCACUCUCUCACGCAGACCGUUACAGCAACGGCAAUGGCAGCAGCGGCAACAGCAGCAGCCACGGUGGCAGCCUGCUUUCUGCUGCCACUGCUGCUGGUAGGCCUGCUGCUGAACUUGCUCGUCCUGUUGCUGGUCCUGGUGCUGGUCCUGGUGCUGGUGCUGGUGCUGGUGCUGGUAGUGUUGCUGGUAGCGUUGCUAGUAACGGUGCUGGUAGUGUUGCUGGUAGCGUUGCUAGUAAUGGGGUCACUUCAACAAACCCAUCCGCCGCAGCAGCGGCAGCGGCAGCAGCCGCCUAUGCUGCCACGCUAGCUGCGGCACAAGGAGGGAGAGGAGGAGGAGGAGGAGGAGGAGCAGGUGGUAUGGUGGGUGCAGGGUUGAGGCAGGAUGGCAUGUUGUCCCCGAUGCAGCUGCAGCAGCAGCUGCUCCUGCAGCAGCACCAGGAACAGCAGCAGCAGCUGCUGUCACGCUCACAGCAGCACGCCAUGGCUGGCAGCAACGGCAGCUAUGACAGCUGUGGCAUGGGGUUGAGGAUGGAGCAGGUGGAGGGAGGGCCAGUCAGAGAAGCAUCCCCUGGAUCCCACCGACUGAGAGGGGGAGCAGUGGGUCGAAUGGGGGGUCUAGAUGGGGACCUGGGAGGAGGGGGAGGGGGAGGAGGAGGUGGAGGUGGCAGUAGUGGGGGAAUGGAUCCCCUUGGGGAGCAUGUGGGGGGUCCUGCUGUGUACGGGGCCAUUCUUUGGCCGCAUGGCUCGGGCAGGUUGCUUCUGCCCGAAAAGGUUUCUCGCUCUCAUUCGCACGGGAAUAGCCGCACCACCAGGCACCACCGGGAGCAGCAGCAGCAGCAGCAGCAGGAGCGAGGGGGGGGCAGUGGUAACGGCAGCAGUGGGGAGGAGCUCGAUGGACAUGCUGAUGUGGCUCGGCGCUCCUACUCUCACACCCACACUCGCUCCUCCCACUCCCACUCGCACUCGCACUCUCCCGCGCGCUCCCACAGCCCGUCUUAUCUAGGAAUGAAUGGGGAUGGCAUGGCAAACGGCGGAGGACGGGGAGAAGCAGCAGCAGUGGCGGCAGCGGCAGGUGGGGGCGGUUCAUCUCUCAUAUACGGAGCUGGGAGUAAGUCUAUGAGUUCUCUAGGGCGCAGGCAGUCCAGCAACCUCUCGGCUACAGCUGCGGCUGCUGCGGCUGCGGCUGCGGCUGUGCCUCUUGCAGUGAGGGAAUCUCUGUGGGAGGAGAGCAGUGGCGGGGGGUCUAGAUCCAACAGCCCCUCAGCUCUGCGCCUGCUGCAGCAGCAGCAGCAGCAAAAGGGAGGGGUGAUGAUGAUGGGGCAUGGUGGAAUGGACGGGAUGGGGAUGGGGAUGGGGGGAGGGCGAGGGGAGAAGUGGGCGAGGGAGGAGGCGGUGGUGGCAGCACGGCUGGAGCUGCAGCAGCGGGUGCAGCAGAGGAAGAGCAGGACCGCUGCAACACCGAUUUCUGCUAGAGUUGUUGCAGAUCUGGAUCCCGUUUCUGGUAUGGUGAUUAACCCAUACCACUAGCAUGUAGGUAGGGGGAUCAUUUGGCAUAGCAAGCUCGUUUGAACACUGCUCCACAUAAGGUAGAGUAUAGUAUAUCUAUUGAAUUUAUGCAUGAUUUAGCAUUUACCCAAACUUGAUUGGGCUAGUAUAUCAAAACGAGAAAGAAUGACUAGAAUUAUGCAAAU